CUUGAUAGUAGUCCCUGUUCCAGCCGAGACAGAAGCCCAAGUGCGGUGCGGACUACCCACGCCGCCAUGGCCGCCGGACAUCCGCAGCUGCUCGCCGGCGACCGGGGCUCCUCAUCCUCCUCCUCCUCCCACCCGCCGCCACCGCCUCCGCCCAAGAUCCUCCUCGCAAAGCCGCCUCUGCCGCCUCCCUCUGCCUCCGGCGCCGACGACGAGGGCGCUGGCGGCGGCGGCGCCCGCGCGCGCCAGGGGCCGCAGCCUGGCUCGCUCAGCCUCGUCUCCGACGCGUGGGAGGUCCAUACCGACAAGAUCCUACCUUACCUGACAGAGAACAACGAUUUCAUGGUGAUCGGGAUAAUCGGCCCACCUGGUGUGGGCAAGUCAACCAUCAUGAACGAGCUUUAUGGAUACGACGGAAGCUCGCCUGGAAUGCAUCCUCCUUUUGCUACGCAAACUGAGGAAAUCAAAGCGUUGGCAAAGCACUGCACUGCAGGUGUUGAUUUCAGGAUAUCUCAUGAACGAGUUAUACUCCUCGACACUCAGCCAGUAUACAGUCCAUCCAUCCUAAUUGAUAUGAUGAGGCCAGAUGGUUCAUCUUCACUUCCUGUUCUUAACGGCGAUCCAUUACCAGCAGACCUGGCCCAUGAGCUAAUGGGGAUCCAGCUUGGUGUUUUCUUGGCAUCUGUCUGUAAUGUUGUGUUGGUUGUGUCAGAAGGGAUGAAUGAUUUUUCCAUGUGGGAGCUCAUGCUUACGGUUGAUUUGCUGAAGAAUAAUAUACCUGACCCAUCAUUGUUGACAUCAUCUACGCCAGACAAGGAAAAUAAAAAUGACAACCAAUCAACCAGUGAAGAUUAUAUUGCCGAUCUCUGUUUUGUGCAUUCUAGAUUGAGGGAACAUGACUUUUCUCCUUCAAAGCUCAUGCUUCUACGGGAGACUCUUGAAAAACACUUCGAGUCCUCUUCAUUUAACAUUGGCAGCUCUAGUGCGACACCUGAAGUUACCGAUUCCUUGGUUGGUCCAAGCACGAAAAUUGAAGACUUGAGCUCCAACCAGCAGGACGUAUUCCUUCUUCCAUUGAGAUCACAUGAUAACUCAGCAAAGUUUGAGUAUGGGACAUACUCAUCCAUGCUAGGAAUGCUUCGUGAUCAGGUCCUGUCAAGGCCAUUGAGGCCGUUCACGAAGAACCUGACGGAGCGCGACUGGCUAAGAGGCUCGGCGAAGAUAUGGGACAUGGUGAAGAGAUCCCCCGUCGUCUCGGACUACUGCAAGGCGCUCCAAAGCUCGGGUUUGUUCAGGAAGUAGCCACAUAUUUGUUGUAGUGUUCUCGAUUCAACCGAUCUGAGUCUUGAGAUACAAUUUGAAUCACUGUUAGAUUAAAUGAGAUGAUGGGCUCGAUCCGCUAUACGACGUAUUGAUCCUACUGUGUGUUUUUUUUCUUCCGUUCUUCGGCGUUGUAAAUCCGAAAGAUUCCGGGAGAAGAAAAUUCCCAACCUUGGUGCUGUCCCUUUUGCUUA